AUGAUUAUCUACAAAGACGUCUUUAGUGGAGAUGAAUUCGUUUCUGACGCUUAUCCUAUGAAAUUGGUUGACGAUGUUGCAUUUGAAGUUGACUGUCAGCUUGUAACGGUUAAAAAAGGAGCUGAAGUCGAUAUUGGAGCAAAUCCCUCAGCUGAAGGAGGCGAAGAAGAACUCGAAGAGGGCAGUGAACAAGUUAAUAACAUAGUUUACACUUUUCGUCUUCAAGAAACUUCUUUCGAUAAGAAAGGCUAUCAACUCUAUCUUAAGGAUUAUUUGAAAAAACUUGCUAAACAUCUUCAAGCGAACAAUCCAGAUUUAGAUAUAAAAGCGUGGCAAGCUAAGAUUAGCGCUUUUAGUAAAAAAAUCUUUGAUAGUUUCAAAGAUUAUCAGUUCUUUACCGGCGAGUCUUUUGAUCAGUCAGGUACAAUCGCAUUGUUGAAUUAUCGUGAGGACGGGGUUACACCGUAUAUCACAUUGUUCAAGGAUGGGCUACUUGAAGAGAAAGUGUAA